UCACACAUGGAAUGACUAAGGAUGCGCAUAUGGCUGCUCUAUGUCUUAUGCAGAAGCGUGGUUUUGAGAGUGACCCGGUCUCAAAUUUGGUUGUUGGCUUGACAUUUUGCCAUCUCUGGUAUUCUGGACUUCCAAAAGAGCUACAAUGGACAGAGUUGGACACAUUUGAUGAGUCCAAGCAAUCGGAAAUGCCUGCAGAUGGAAUUUACAAGGGGUAUGAUGCUUUCGAAGCUGGAGGAGCCAAAUCCUCCUUACAGUGUUUUUUGAACACCUCUUUCGCCUAUGACAAAGAAGUGUUAGGAGAGGAUGGUAACCACCCGAAAGAUUCCAUGGAUAUUGAUGCUAAUAAACUGAAAGAAUCUGCUCGCCGUCAUUUUCAGCCACUAGAUUUCUACAUGAAUUCUACCGAGGAAAGUGGACAUGAAAAAUAUUUCUUCUCUAAUAGUAGUGGUGAUCUGCCUCAUGUGUCUAUUUUUGACACUCAUGGUCUUCCUCCAUGGUUACUGCCUAUGCAUUUGCCAAAUUCUCGUGAAAUUUUUGAGGAUUUGAUGGAUGAGCACAAGAAAUUUCAUAAUGACUACUAUACGAGUGCGUUGAAGCACUUGCGUGUUUCCCUUUACUCGAAAGUUCCAGUAAUUGAGGCUUUUCAUCCUUUAAUACAGAUGCUUCUUCUUGGAGAUCGGGUCAACGAGGCCCUUGAUGAACUUGAAAAAUCAUUUAAAAUUUCAGAUACAGUACUCCAGUUAAGAUUGAAAGCUGCUCUCUUGGAGCAUUUUAAUGGCAUAUACAAUGUGAAACUCUGUACAUGCUUUGAGGACAUCUUAAAGAAGGAUCCAACAUGCAGCAACUCGUUGGCUAGACUUGUUGUCAUGCAUCAACGAGGUCAGUUAUUAGUGUUUUUUCAGACGGUUUCAAGGUGUUCAUUUCGUUAUCUUAUCACUUCUGAUAAGAUCAAUUUUGAAUAGUUUAGUCAUCAUUUGUUUUUUUUUCACUUCUCAUUGCUCUAUACUCUUUUGCUCCUUUUUUCUAUUAUUAUAUUUUAAU